GUCUCGUGACUCUACGUUUUCAUCCUCAUUCUCGCUAGGGAUUUUCAUUUUCAUUUUGCUGGGUGAGAGCUGUCUUCACAUUUCAUUGCUGAAAUCUUUCAUUUCCUUGUUUCCUUUCUCAAAUCAUCAGCCUUAACAUCUCUGCUUCUGUUCUUCAAGUUGAAUCCAAUAGCAGCCAUAUGCUUUUUCUCUCUAUUCCCCUCCAUAGCCCUUUGUCAGAUCGUUUGCAACUCUCCCCACCCUCAUACUCAUUCUGAUCACCAGUACUCAUUUUCACUCUCAUUUUGCCCAUACGUCUAUGUCGCUCUGCUCCUUUGCUUGCUAAACUUUUCAAUUUCUUUGAUUUCUGUUUUUGCGACACUGAUUCCCGUAGCUAGCAGCCUGUUGUUAGUUUACUGCUUCUGUUCUUUUGGUUUUCUGUCAUCGAUCUGAUCUGUGUUCCAAAAGAGAAGAAAGGAGUCGCGAGUAGAAAAUGGUAGAAAUUGUUCUUUCGGUUGCAGCAAAAGUUUCAGAGUACCUGGUUGAUCCAGCUGUACGUCAGCUGGGUUAUCUGUUUAACUACCGUGCCAACAUUGAGGAACUCUCUCAACAGGUUCAGAAGCUGAGGGAUGCCAGGGCUAGGCUGCAGCACUCUGUGGAUGAAGCUAUUGGGAAUGGACUUAUAAUCGAAGAUGAUGUUUGCAAGUGGAUGAAACGUGCUGAUGGGUUCAUACAAAAUGCUUGCAAAUUCCUUGAAGAUGAGAAGGAGGCGCGGAAGAGUUGUUUCAAUGGGUUGUGUCCUAAUUUGAAGUCCCGGUACCAGCUAAGCAGGGAAGCAAGUAAGAAGGCAGGGGUUUCUGUUCAAAUCCUUGGAGAUGGUCAAUUUGAGAAGGUAGCAUAUCGUGCCCCUCUGCAAGGGAUAAGGUGCAGACCUUCCGAAGCUUUAGAAUCAAGAAUGUUGACUUUGAAUGAAGUCAUGGAGGCCUUAAGGGAUGCCAAUAUCAACAGGAUCGGGGUAUGGGGGAUGGGUGGUGUGGGGAAGUCCACGCUGGUGAAACAAGUGGCUGAACAAGCUAAUCAAGAGAAGUUAUUCGAAAAGGUGGUCAACGUAUCUGUGUUGCAGACUCCAGACUUAGAAAGAAUUCAAAGGGAACUUGCAGACUGGCUAGGUAUGAAAUUUGAGGAGGAGAGUGAACAGGGAAGAGCAGCUCGACUACAUCAGAGGAUGAAGGCGGAGAAGACCAUCCUCAUCAUCUUGGAUGAUCUUUGGGCCGAACUUGAGUUGGAGAAAGUAGGAAUUCCUUCGCCAGAUGAUCACAAGGGAUGCAAAUUAGUGCUAACUUCUAGAAAUAAACAAGUCUUGUCGAAUGAGAUGAGUACUCAAAAAGAUUUUCGAGUUCGACAUUUGCAAGAAGAUGAAACAUGGAUUUUAUUUAAGAACACAGCUGGCGAUUCCAUUGAAAAUCCAGAGUUGCAACCUAUAGCUGUUGAUGUAGCAAAAGAAUGCGCGGGUUUGCCAAUUGCAAUAGUAACUGUGGCAAAGGCAUUGAAAAACAAGAAUGUGUCCAUUUGGAAGGAUGCCCUGCAACAACUGAAAUCGCAAACCUCCACAAACAUAACAGGAAUGGAGACAAAGGUAUACUCAAGUCUGAAGUUGAGCUACGAACACUUGGAGGGAGAUGAAGUGAAGUCAUUGUGCUUGCUUUGUGGCCUAUUUUCUAGGUAUAUCCAUAUUAGGGACUUGUUGAAAUAUGGUGUGGGUCUGCGAUUAUUUCAAGGAACUAAUACAUUGGAAGAGGUGAAAAAUAGAAUAGAUACAUUGGUUGACAACCUCAAAUCCUCAAAUUUUUUACUAGAAACUGGCCGUAAUGCAGUUGUUAGAAUGCAUGAUCUUGUUCGAAGUACUGCCAGAAAAAUUGCAUCCGAGCAACAUCAUGUGUUUACACACCAGAAGACUACUGUAAGAGUGGAAGAAUGGUCAAGGAUAGAUGAACUCCAGGUCACCUGGGUAAAACUGCAUCACUGUGAUAUUCAUGAACUUCCAGAAGGGCUGGUAUGUCCAAAACUUGAAUUUUUUGAAUGUUUUCUAAAGACCAAUUUGGCAGUGAAAAUCCCAAACACAUUUUUUGAAGGGAUGAAGCAACUCAAAGUAUUAGAUUUAACUGGAAUGCAACUUCCAUCGCUGCCCUUAUCACUUCAGUCCCUUGCAAAUCUUCGAACAUUGUGUUUGGAUGGAUGCAAGUUGGGAGACAUUGUUAUAAUUGCAGAGCUAAAGAAAUUAGAAAUUCUUAGCCUUAUGGAUUCUGAUAUCGAACAGUUGCCCAGAGAAAUAGCACAGUUGACUCAUCUAAGGCUGUUCGAUUUGAAGAGUUCUUUCAAACUAAAAGUAAUUCCGUCAGAUGUCAUAUCAAGCUUGUUCCGAUUAGAGGAUUUGUGUAUGGAAAAUAGUUUUACUCAAUGGGAGGGGGAAGGAAAGAGUAAUGCUUGCCUUGCUGAGUUGAAACAUUUGUCUCAUUUAACCGCUUUGGACAUACAAAUACCAGACGCCAAGUUGCUGCCAAAAGACAUGGUCUUUGAUAACUUGAUGAGAUAUAGAAUAUUUGUAGGUGAUAUCUGGAUCUGGGAAAAAAACUAUAAAACCAAUAGAAUAUUGAAGCUCAACAAAUUCGAUACAAGCCUUCAUCUGGUGGAUGGUAUCAGCAAGUUGUUGAAGAGAACUGAAGAUCUACACUUGCGUGAAUUGUGUGGUGGUACUAAUGUUCUUUCCAAAUUAAAUAGGGAGGGUUUUCUUAAAUUAAAGCAUCUUAAUGUUGAAAGCAGUCCAGAGAUUCAAUAUAUUGUGAACUCGAUGGAUCUGACUUCAUCACAUGCUGCCUUUCCUGUUAUGGAGACCUUGUCUCUCAAUCAGCUGAUUAACUUGCAAGAGGUAUGCCAUGGCCAAUUUCCAGCAGGGUCCUUUGGUUGCUUGAGAAAAGUGGAAGUGGAAGAUUGUGAUGGCUUGAAAUUUCUCUUCUCGUUGUCUGUGGCUAGAGGCCUUUCCCGACUUGAAGAAACAAAAGUAACCAGAUGCAAGAGUAUGGUUGAGAUGGUUUCCCAAGGAAGGAAAGAAAUAAAAGAAGAUGCUGUUAAUGUGCCUCUGUUCCCUGAAUUGAGAUCCUUGACAUUAAAGGACUUACCCAAGCUCAGUAAUUUCUGCUUUGAGGAGAACCCAGUGCUUUCCAAGCCUGCAAGCACAAUUGUUGGUCCUAGUACACCACCUCUCAACCAACCGGAGAUAAGGGAUGGCCAACUUCUGCUUUCCUUGGGCGGCAACCUCCGGUCUCUCAAGUUGAAGAAUUGCAUGUCACUGUUGAAAUUAUUCCCACCCAGUUUGUUACAGAAUUUGCAAGAACUCACAUUGAAAGACUGUGAUAAACUGGAACAAGUAUUUGAUCUUGAAGAGCUAAAUGUUGAUGAUGGGCAUGUUGAGCUCCUCCCUAAAUUAAAAGAACUGAGGUUGAUUGGUCUACCAAAGUUGAGGCAUAUAUGCAACUGUGGUAGCUCCAGAAAUCAUUUCCCUUCUUCCAUGGCUUCUGCUCCUGUAGGCAAUAUCAUAUUCCCUAAAUUAAGCGAUAUUACACUGGAAUCUUUGCCCAACCUCACAAGCUUCGUCUCCCCUGGAUAUCAUUCCCUCCAAAGGCUUCACCAUGCAGACCUUGAUACCCCCUUCCUGGUGCUCUUUGAUGAAAGGGUUGCAUUUCCUAGCUUGAAGUUCUUAAUCAUCUCGGGACUGGAUAACGUGAAAAAAAUAUGGCACAACCAAAUUCCUCAAAAUUCCUUUUCCAACCUAGGAAAGGUGAGAGUAGCAUCAUGUGGAAAAUUGUUGAAUAUUUUUCCAUCUUGUAUGCUGAAAAGGUUACAGAGUCUACGGAUGCUGAUCUUACAUGAUUGUAGAUCAUUAGAAGCGGUUUUUGAUGUGGAAGGGACAAAUGUGAAUGUGAAUGUGAAGGAAGGUGUAACUGUCACUCAGUUGAGUAAACUGAUUCCAAGAUCGCUGCCAAAAGUUGAGAAGAUAUGGAAUAAGGAUCCCCAUGGAAUUCUCAAUUUUCAAAACUUAAAAUCAAUAUUUAUUAUUAAAUGUCAAAGUCUGAAAAACCUUUUUCCAGCAUCUUUAGUCAAAGAUCUUGUGCAACUUGAAGAACUGGAUUUGCAUUCUUGUGGGAUAGAGGAAAUUGUUGCAAAGGACAAUGAAGUGGAGACAGCAGCUAAGUUUGUAUUCCCUAAAGUAACCUCUCUCAGACUCUCCCAUCUACAUCAACUCAGGAGUUUCUACCCAGGGGCACAUACUUCACAGUGGCCAUUGUUGAAACAACUGAUAGUGGGUGCGUGUGAUAAAGUCGAUGUAUUUGCAUCCGAAACUCCAACAUUCCAACGAAGACAUCACGAGGGAAGUUUUGAUAUGCCAAUUCUCCAGCCCCUUUUCUUGCUCCAACAGGUUGCAUUCCCUUACUUGGAGGAAUUAAUAUUGGAUGACAACGGGAAUAACGAAAUAUGGCAAGAGCAAUUUCCAAUGGCUUCCUUUCCUAGACUAAGAUAUCUGAAAGUAUGUGGAUAUAUAGAUAUUUUGGUUGUGAUUCCUUCCUUUGUGCUUCAAAGAUUACAUAAUCUGGAAAAACUAAAUGUGAGAAGAUGUAGUUCAGUCAAAGAGAUAUUCCAACUUGAAGGACUUGACGAGGAAAAUCAAGCCCAGAGGCUUGGACGGUUAAGAGAAAUAUGGUUGCGUGAUCUUCUUGCGUUGACGCAUUUGUGGAAGGAAAACUCCAAAUCAGGCCUUGAUUUGCAAAGUCUAGAGAGUCUUGAAGUGUGGAAUUGUGACAGUUUGAUAAGUUUGGUGCCAUGCUCAGUAUCUUUCCAAAAUCUGGAUACUCUAGAUGUGUGGUCUUGUAGCAGUCUGAGAAGUUUGAUAUCACCCUCGGUAGCUAAAAGUCUGGUAAAACUCAGAAAGCUCAAAAUUGGUGGAUCGCAUAUGAUGGAAGAAGUAGUUGCCAAUGAAGGAGGGGAAGCAAUUGCCAAUGAAGGAGGGGAAACAGUCGAUGAGAUUGUGUGAGUGUUUAGCUAGGUUGGCAAUUCCGGACAAAAUUCCUAAGUGUCCCCUAACUCGGCUUUCCUAUUCCUAUUCGGACUACUUGACUUUGAAGACUAAGACUUUGCUAAGAGGCCAAGGUAUGUAGUCGAGUGUGGAGUGAUUGGGUGUGAAUCAACCCGGUUUUUAAUCUUUAAAAUGUGUUAGAAAGUUGGGAAAAAUGGUUUUUGGUGCAAGGCUUUUAUUCCUCUGUUUCUGGAUCGAUCCAGGUGUAGGGGUGGAUCUAUCCAACUAAUGUUUUUUUGAUCAAAUCUCAGCCAUUAGAUUAAGGGUUUCUUUUUACACUUUAAAAACCCAAUCUUCACUCA